GAGAAUAGAUGGACGGAUCCACCUUCAACCGACUCGCCGACAUGGCUGUGUGCCUCCUCUUCCUCCUCAUACUUGUUCUGUCCGUCAGCCACAUGAUGCACGGAGACGGGUCAGGAGCAGUUGCUGCCCCCAGCCUCGUCAUUGUGAAGCUGCGGGGUCACGGUCCCGACGACAAGACCUCUGUGGCCGUGCAGAGACACGACCUCUCCUUCGCCGGCUUCACAAACGGGAGGGGCCAUUGGCAAGCCUUCCCAGGCUGUGAGCACCUCUUCCCUGUGUCCAAGACGCUCCCGUUCGGCAACAGCUACAGCGAGCUCAUUGGCGGCCUCGCCAACCUGCCCGGCGUGCCGCUAGGGCGGGAGGCGAUGGUGGAGACCUCCCGGUUGCUCUCCGCCUACCACCCGGGCGCCGACGUCGAGCCUGUCAAGCGGGCGCUGGCGGAGAUGCCGGUGAUGAUAAACCAGGUCCAGCGGCUGGAGCCCAUCCGCAAGACCGUCCUUGAAGGAUGGGUGACCGGUGCCCGCGUCGCCCCGGAGCACCUGCCCUACAUCGAGCACUAGGACACCAUGUCUUACGAGAUCAUCCGCUCCAACCGCACACGCAAGUGGGAUGGGCCCUUCACCAAGAUGCUGGAGACUCAGGCCAACAUCGGCAGCUUGGAGGAGGCGCUCGCUGUGGUCGGACUGCUGCGGAAUGCCGACUUCGAGCAAGUGCUCAAGGCUCACGCCACCCCGAUCAACCUAGAAUGAACAUCCAUGCAUGCUUGCUGCUGUGGAGUCGAUGUUUCUUUCAUGUUCGUCUAGUUUUUUUUUUUAAUCAUAUGUUCGUCAAGUUUGUUGGUCAUCUAGCCGG